AUGUCAACCGAAAGCAGUGCAGACAAUGCUGUGCUCAAGGGGAUCUUGGAGGAACUAAAGGCAAUGCGCCUGGAGAACUCUCAACUAGCAUCUGCGAUUGAUAAGAUCAAUGGCCGCGUGAACGUGCUGGCUGGUGUCAAGCAGGUGAAGGACGAGGCAGCUUCUGAAGCUGCGAACGGCACUUUGAGCAAGGAGAAGGCAAAGGAGGCCGACUCAGCGCAAACCGUAGAAGCUGUUAGCCAGCUGUAUAAGCCAACGUCUCUCAAUGCUGAAGCACCCCCUCGUCGAGUAAGUGUUUCAAAGACCUCAAAGAUCAUUUUGACUUCGUACCCUGGUCAAUCUGGUGUCGACCCAUUGCCUAUGGAGUGGGGUGCCAAAGACCCUGCUGUUCGCGGUCCAGUCGUUGUUUCGAGGCACAACAACACCAUUCGCCGGCGUAACGCCAUCGGAGCUCAUGGAGGUUCAUACUCGAUCUACAAUGCGCUUGCUGUAGCCAGCAAGAACCUCGACAUCACACACAAGCCAGACUUCACAAACACCGAGCCAGCUGCCAACAUCGGUCCCUUCCCACAAUGGAACGACAAGAGGAAGAUCGUCGCAAUGGAUCCAUACGGUCAUCUUGCGCCGUGGUUGUACAAGGAGACCAUGGAUAAGGAGGAUGUCGAGAUCAGGCCUACCAUUGCUAUCACUCGAGCGCACAUGAAGUUGCCGGAGAUGGAAGAAAGUGUAAAGAAGGGCCGACUCGUACCUGAUGGCAAGAUCUGUAUUAACGAGACUGGUGAAGUCGCAGUGACUAAAGUGGCUGUUGAGCCUGUGUGGUACCUGCCUGGUGUCGCCGAGCGUUUCGGUAUUGGUGCGUAUACUCCACAAUGCUAUUUUCGAACUUAUCGUACUGAUAACACCGCAGAUGAGGGCACACUCAGGCGAACACUGUUCGAAGAGACGGGUGGCUCAUACCCCGAACUGAUCACACGUCACGAUAUUAAGCUCUUCCUCCCUCCCAUUGGCGGUCUCACUGUCUACAUCUUCGGCGAUCCAGCAAAGAUGUCAGACCCGAACGUCCGUCUUGCACUCCGUGUCCACGACGAAUGUAACGGCAGUGAUGUCUUCGGGUCUGACAUCUGCACAUGCCGUCCAUACCUCACCUUCGGAAUUGAAGAAGCAGUGAAGGAGGCUCAGCAAGGUGGUAGUGGUGUUGUCAUCUACUUCCGCAAAGAAGGCCGUGCGCUUGGUGAGGUCACUAAGUACCUUGUAUACAAUGCACGAAAACGCGGAGAAGACAGGGCAAGCGAGUACUUCAAGCGAACAGAGAACAUUGCUGGAGUCAAGGAUAUGCGUUUCCAGGCGCUCAUGCCUGAUAUCCUCCAUUGGCUCGGUAUCACUAAGAUUGACAGGAUGUUGUCGAUGUCUAACAUGAAGCACGAUGCCAUCGUCGACCAAGGCAUCCCCAUCCACGAGCGCGUUCCCAUCCCUGACGAGAUGAUCCCAGCGGACAGCCGCGUCGAGAUCGAUGCCAAGAUCCAGGCUGGUUACUUUACUACGGGUACUGUCAUGUCCAUGGAAGAACUGGCAAAUGUCAAGGGUCGCGGCUGGGAAGACAUCGAUGUACGUAUACUUCUCGGCAACCCCAAAGGUCUGGACAAGCUGACUGUGACUGUAGCACUGAGCGAGCCCUGCGAUUUGGUAAGUAAGAUGCAAGCUAUGGAAGACGCAUCAUCUGAUCGCUCUGCACCACAGAGAGGCCCCGCAAUCUACUCUGAUGUACUGCAGUGGGCACAGCUAUCCGAUCAGCCUGCUGAGAGUGAUCCGUACGGCCCGGCCACCCUUCCAUCAGAUGUCUGGUACUUUGACUGCUACGAUACCAAUAUUUGCUACACACAGUCGGUCCUCCCAACCUGCGCAUCGUGCAGGAGUACACCUAGCACAUCAACGCGCCUUACCCGCGACACCCAUAUCGCCAUGUGCAUGUGCAGGCGCCACAUGACUUCUCGUACUGCCAGCAAAGCACACAAUGCCAUAGAAACGGAGUCACAGAUGGAGGGGUAUUCCCGACGUCGGCAACAACCUGCGAACGUGCUCGCGGCCCGCUCCGACAUGAAGCCCGCUUGGAUUGGGCUCUGA